AUGCCGAGGACGAAGUUUUUAUGCGAUGUUCUCGAUGAAUCUUUCUAUCAGUCGUCUUAUAGAGAUAGGAGAAGUGAUGUAUGUUUGCAGUGAAGUUUGUUCUGUUUGCUUUUUUGUGUUUUCAUCUUCGACGUCCCGUUACAUAGCCACAUUUUUCGUUCCUCACACACCUAUCAGCUAAGAUAGACUGAGAGCGGAUAAUCGAUUCAUGUCGUUAGUUUUCGCAACAUAUUUAUUUUACUGAUUCCUUCUAUCAUUCUCAUUUAAAGCCUUUACUGGUAUGGAAAUUUGAAACAGCACGGUUUUAAAUGAUUUUAGGUUUUCGUACUUAUAGCUACCCUUGCCGUUUGAACAAGGUCUAUUCUUUGAGACUGUGUUACUUGCUUUCCAGACUGGCAUUAGCCUUACUUCCUGCCUCAUUUUUUAGGCCUCCAGCAGAGAGUUAAGCAAGGCUCUCCUACGAAGUACCACCCUUUACAUUGGAAACCUGUCCUUCUACACCAGAGAAGAGCAAAUUUGGGAGCUAUUUAGCAGGGCGGGUGAAGUAAAGCGUGUCAUAAUGGGCCUUCACCGCUUCGACAAAACACCCUGCGGGUUCUGUUUUGUAGAGUAUGAGGACCGCGAAGGCGCAGAGAUGGCAAUGCGUUACAUCAAUCGAUGUCGGCUCGACGAUCGAGUUAUACGGACGGACUGGGACGCGGGUUUUAUCGAAGGUCGACAGUACGGUCGCGGCAGAAGUGGCGGCCAGGUAACAACCAUAGAUUCCAUUUACAUGUCAUCUAAUUUCCUUAAAAUACUUUGAACUAUCUGAGUUCAGCGAAUAUUCCAAUGUUACAAUUGAAAAGUCAAUUUGACAAACACGUGUUUUCGGUAACUCUUCAUCAGGCCAAAACGGUUACAUAGAAGUUUAAUUUAUGCGAAGUUGCAGGGCUUAUAAGUGAUUCAGGGACUAUUAACAUCCAUCGUUCCCACGCUGAAGAAAAGAAGGACUUAUUCAUAAGACUGCCCUUUCAAGGGGACGCAGCAAGUGACCUAGUAAGAAGACGUCUGAAGACAGCGAUCUUUAGCGCUUUCCCCUCGGCGGACUUACGUGCAUGUUUCACGAACUCUCCCCUACUACGCUUGAGAGGUAAAGACCGACUCCCGUUGCAGACCAUAUCGAUGUGUAUUUACUCAUUCACUUGUUCCUGUGGAGCGGAAUACAUUAGCCGCACAACGAAGCGCCUGGAAAAGAGAGUACGUGAACACAUACCGGUCUGGCUAGGCAGAGGUGAAAAGAAAUCGAUCCCGGGUUCUUUUCUCACACAUCUUGUCGAUAUGAAUCACCGAGUCGAUACCAAAGAAACCUUUCAGGUUGUCUAUCGGACACCAGCAAGCUUCUUCAGAGGCCUACGACAACCGGUGCUAGCUACAGCCGAGUCAGUGGCUAUACGGCUCUGACAUAGGCGCUCUGUCUUCUGUGGCCAACACCGACCCCAACCUCCUGAUGGCAGCGGUGUGUGCACAACGUACCCGACGUACUCACAGCCUAUGCCCCUUCGCCCCCUUGUCCCAAUGACCACGACACGCCGACCACGCCAUAGCACGCCUCGUCAUGCGAGUGGCGUGGGAACGAUGGAUGUUAAUCGUCCCUGAAUCACUUAUAAGCCCUGCAACUUCGCAUACCUUAAACUUCUAUGUAACCGUUUUGGCCUGAUGAAGAGUUACCGAAAACACUUGUUUGCCAAAUUGACUUUGGACUGUGUUCUCCUCUCAUGUCUAAUUCAAUUUGAUGCACAUAUCGAUCUUGAUUAAAACCCCUCAACGGCAUUUACUUUAGGUACGGGAUGAGUUCCGCAAAGACUACGAUGUGGACAGGGGUGGUUACGGCAAAAUUGUGGAGAAAAUGAUGCGCGAUUGA